AUGAUAGGACUGAGACCAAGGGUGGAAUGUUGUAAGCUUUAUUACCUGCAGCAAAGCAGGUGUGUUGUUUGGAGCUCUGUGCAUGGGAAUGGCGCCCUGGCAUCGCUUAUUGGGUUUUUGUUACAGGCAGCUAUCAGUAUCUUUGGUAUCAUUGGUGGGCCCCUUUUGGGUUUGUUUUCUCUGGGCAUAUUGACUCCCUUUGUCAACUCAAUGGGAGCAUUCGUAGGUGUCACUGCUGGAUUUGUCAUUUCCCUUUGGAUUGGAAUUGGAGCUCAGCUCUAUCCCCCCCUUCCGGAGAGGACUUUACCCUUGAGACUCAUUACCGAUGGCUGUAACAUGACUGACUUCCACCACCAGGGGAACUGGACCACAACCACAGAAAUGCCAUUUUCUACAAGUACUUUGCAGGUUCAUAGUGCCGAAAGAACUCCCCUAAUGGAUAAUUGGUAUUCCUUAUCAUAUAUGCACUUCAGUACCAUUGGGACUUUGGUCACUCUAUUUGUGGGAAUCAUCAUUAGUCUCCUAACAGGAGGAAGAAAACAGAGUUUGGAUGACAGAUUCCUACUGACCAAAGAAGAUUUUUUAUCCAACUUUGACUUUUUCAGGAGGGAGAAACUAAUCUUAAACCCUCAGCCUCACACAAAGGAAGAUGGUGGAAUUGAUAACCCUACCUUCAGCUACACUGAAAUGUACUCCACUGCUGAGAGCAGAAAAAUCAGUGGGCCUUGUUGAUGUAGGAUGAACUGGAGUGGUUUUGUUUUUAAAAAAUACUUUCCAAAAUUAUUGAAUUGAAUUUAGAUUUUGCUUUAAAAUACAUCUGGUUUGUCUGCCUGUUUUUGUUUUUGUUUUUCCUUUGGCUUGCUUUGACUUUUAAUUGAGCUGUGUUUUUGAGAUUUUGAUAAAGCCUUGCCUUAUAA